UUGUCUCUCUCUCUCUCUCUCAUUCAAAAUAUCCAACACCACAACUCCAUCGAACUAGCGAAUCUCUCCCAAAAAAUAAUAACAGUACCAUCAUCAUCAACAACAAAACCUAUGAAAUGAACUCUAUCUUUUCUCCCUUUUAUCUUCACCACCACACCCCUCUCUUUUUCUUAAUCUUUCUCUCUUUCUCUUUGUCUCAUCAACAACCCUAAACUCUUAAUAUCAUAUUUUUAUAUUUACCAUGACUCUCGAAGAAUCCUUAAGAUCUCUUUCUCUGGACUAUCUAAACUUGCUCAUCAAUGGCCAAGCCUUUUCUGAUGUCACUUUCAGCGUUGAGGGUCGCUUAGUUCAUGCCCACAGGUGUAUCUUGGCUGCUAGGAGCCUCUUCUUCAGAAAAUUCUUCUGUGGACCCGACCCUCCAUCUGGGCUUGAUCCGGCUGCCUCCAGGAUGAAUCCGGGACCGGCAUCACCAGUUUCAAGAGGUGGUGUUAUACCAGUGAACUCCGUUGGCUAUGAAGUCUUCUUGUUACUGUUGCAGUUCUUAUAUAGUGGCCAAGUCUCUAUUGUUCCUCAAAAGCAUGAGCCGAGGCCUAAUUGUGGUGAGAGAGGGUGUUGGCAUACACAUUGCACCUCGGCCGUUGAUCUUGCUCUUGACACUCUUGCUGCCGCUAGAUACUUUGGUGUUGAACAGCUUGCAUUACUCACUCAGAAGCAACUGGCAAGCAUGGUAGAGAAGGCCUCAAUUGAAGAUGUAAUGAAAGUACUAAUAGCUUCAAGAAAGCAAGACAUGCAUCAACUUUGGACAACUUGUUCCCACCUUGUAGCCAAAUCAGGCCUACCACCAGAAGUCCUAGCCAAACACCUACCUAUCGAUGUGGUUGCCAAAAUUGAAGAUCUCAGACACAAAUCAUCGCUUGCUCGCCGAUCCUUAAUCCCCCACCAUCAUCACCACCAUGAUCUCUCUGCAGCCGCUGAUCUUGAGGACCAAAAAAUUCGUCGAAUGAGAAGGGCACUAGACUCUUCUGAUGUUGAACUAGUCAAGCUUAUGGUAAUGGGAGAAGGGCUAAAUCUUGAUGAAGCAUUGGCCCUACAUUACGCGGUUGAAAAUUGUAGUCGAGAAGUGGUUAAGGCCUUGCUUGAACUUGGUGCAGCCGACGUUAACUACCCGGCUGGGCCAGCCGGUAAGACCCCACUUCAUAUAGCUGCUGAAAUGGUGUCACCUGAUAUGGUUGCUGUACUUCUUGAUCAUCACGCUGACCCAAACGUGAGAACCGUUGAUGGGAUCACUCCUUUAGACAUUCUUCGAACCCUAACUUCUGAUUUUUUAUUUAAAGGAGCUGUUCCGGGGUUAACCCACAUCGAACCCAAUAAGCUUAGGCUUUGUCUUGAGCUGGUUCAAUCAGCAGCUUUGGUUCUUUCACGUGAAGAAGGUAUCGUAAAUGCGCCUACUUCCACUGCUAUAUACCCACCAAUGAGCGAACAUGAACAUAAUAGUAGUAGCAGUGGAAGUAAUCUUGCUAACCUUAAUUUGGAUUCAAGAUUGGUUUAUCUCAAUCUCGGUGCUACAGGUUCUGCUCAAAUGGGAUCAAGAAUGGAUGGUGAUGACGAAAGCAGCCACAGUAGCCAAAGGGAAGCCAUGAAUCGACAUGAUCCAGCAAUGUACCACCACUCUCAUGAGUUCUAGCUAGCUAUCUCAAAUAUUUAUAUACUAUAUAUAUUUAUAUGAUAUCUCUUUCUCUAUUAUAUAUAUUUGUCCAUGGAUAUGGUGAAAGACAAGCAAAAGUAGCUAGUUUUCAUGAAUAUGAAAACAUUUGAAGAUGGAUCA